AUGUGCACCACCAGCACGUGUGACCUGGAGGAGAUCCCUCUGGAUGAUGACGACCCAGACAGCAUCGAAUUCAAAAUCCUGGAGUUCUAUGCCAAACACCACGUCUUCAAGAGUGCGUCUUCAGUCUUCUCCCCAAAGCUGCUGAGGACAAGAAGUUUGUCCCAGAAAGGACUGGAGAGCUGGGCAGCAAAUGAUUCAUGGACACAGGUGUCAUGGCCUUGCAGAAGUUCCCGAUCUAGUGAGAAGCCCGUAAGCCUUGCCAAGAAAAAGUCCUCCUGGAGGACGCUCUUUGGAGUCGCAGAGAAGGAUGAGGGUUCCGAGAGCACACCUGCGGAGAUACACCUUCAGGGGCUAAGGAGAGCGGAGUUCCAGGGCCCUCCCGCUCAGCGAUGGCCUAGGUCCCUGUCCAACGUGGAACAGGACUUAGGGGUCGAAGCUGUGGACCCCAAAGUUGCUUCCAUUGCCAACCGCGUUGCUGAAAUUGUUUAUUCCUGGCCACCUCCAGAAGAGCACACCCAGGGAGGAAGCAUCAAGUCCAAAGGGAACCUUGUACCACAGGCCCUCUUUUACUCGGAGGGCCUGAGCAACCAAUCUCCAGCUGCAAGUGCUAAGAAAGACCUAGAUGACCAACUAAUUGCCAAAAUCGUUGAGCUGCUGAAAUACUCAGGGGAUCAGCUGGAAAGAGAGCUGAAGAAAGACAAGGCUUUGAUGAACAGCUUCCAGGACGGGCUGUCCUACUCUGUUUUCAAGACCAUCACCGACCAGUUCCUAAGAGGUGUAGAUACCAGGGGAGAAUCAGAGGUCAAAGUUCGGGGCUUUAAGGCUGCUCUUGCCAUAGACGCCACGGCCAAGCUCACUGCCAUCGACAACCACCCCAUGAACAGGGUACUAGGCUUUGGAGCCAAGUACCUCAGAGAGAACUUUUCGCCUUGGGUCCAGCAGCACGGUGGAUGGGCAAAAGUACUUGGGAUAUCACUUGAAGAAGUAGACUGAAACAUCAGGAGGUGUGUAAUCUGGAAUACUCAUGGGUCAACCGUGGUCCUGUGUACCUCAGCCUCAGCACAGACUCCAGGAGAAAAUAGAAGUGCAC